GUUCUGUGCAAUACGUCUUCAGCACAACGGCAGGCGUCUUACUUAAACACCGUCAAAUAUCUAAUCAAAGCCAACAUAAAAGCGUGUUCUACAAUCUUCCUCCUCGUUCAUUCUACUGUCCCUCUAUCUUCCACCCACCACAUUAUCCAUUCCGCCUUGGAUCAUACCAUCAGCCAAUCAUGUCUUCGAAGCUCAUCGCCAUUGUCGCGGGUGUUGGGGCUGGUACCGGUGCCGCUGUCGCACGCAAAUUCGCAGCAACAUAUCCAGUGGUGCUGCUGGCGAGAAAUCCUGAUAGCUAUCAGAGCCUUGCUGAGGAGAUUAAUGCAAGUGGUGGAAAGGCUAUCGGCAUCAGCACGGACGUCUCGGAUUCGAAGAGCGUCCAGCUUGCCGUUGAUGCCAUCAAGAAAGAAUUUGGAUCUGACGUAGCUGCUGCAGCAGCUAUAUUCAAUGCCAGUGGAGGCUUCAUGCGAAGGCCAUUCCUUGAGGUGCCAGAAGACGCCUUCACUCAGUCGCUUACUGUCAGUGCAAAGGGCGGGUUUCUUUUCUCACAAGCAACCCUCCCUCUCCUUCUCGAAGGAGUCAAGCAGAAGUCACAAUACCCGCCAUCUCUUAUCUUCACUGGCGCAACCGCUUCCGUCAAGAGUAGCGCACAAAUGUCGUCCUUCUCGACUGGCAAAUGGGCGCUCCGGGCAUUGUCCCAGAGUUUAGCAAAGGAAUUUGGACCGGAAGGUGUGCAUGUUAGCCACGCCAUUAUUGAUGGUGUCAUCGACAUCCCUCGGACGAAGGGGUGGUUGAAGGAUGCAGGCCCAGAUGCAAAGUUGAGCGCAGACGGGAUUGCGAAUGACUACUGGUAUCUGCACACACAACCGAGAACCAACUUCACAUGGGAGCUGGACUUGAGGCCUGCUGUCGAGAAGUGGUAAGGUGCUCGCUGCAACUCGAAGCAGUUGCUAAGUAUCUGAGGGAUGACUAGCCUCAAAGUU